ACCGAGCACACACCGCGCCGGGGCCGGGCAGGGCCGCACCAUGACCGAGACCACCAAGACCCACGUUAUCCUGCUGGCCUGCGGCAGCUUCAACCCCAUCACCAAGGGGCACAUCCAGAUGUUCGAGCGAGCCCGGGAUUACCUGCACAAGACCGGCCGCUUCAUUGUCAUCGGUGGCAUCGUCUCGCCCGUGCACGACUCCUAUGGGAAAACGGGGCUGGUCUCCAGCCGGCACCGCCUGACCAUGUGCCAGCUGGCCGUGCAGUCCUCCGACUGGAUCAGGGUGGACCCCUGGGAGUGCUACCAGGACACCUGGCAGACCACCUGCAGUGUGCUGGAGCACCACCGCGACCUGAUGAAGAGAGUGACUGGCUGCAUCCUCUCCAACGUCAACACACCCUCCAUCACCCCAGUGAUCGGCCAGCCCCAGAACGAGUCCUCGCAGAACAUCUACCAGAACAACAACAGCGUCUCCAGCAAGCCCACCGCGGCAAAGAUCUUGGGGAAGGUGGGAGAAAGCCUGAGCCGGAUUUGCUGUGUUCGCCCGCCCAUGGAGCGCUUCACCUUCGUGGAUGAAAAUGCCAACUUGGGGACAGUGAUGAGAUACGAGGAGAUCGAGCUUCGCAUCUUGCUGCUCUGUGGCAGCGACCUGCUGGAGUCCUUCUGCAUCCCUGGCCUCUGGAAUGAGGCAGAUAUGGAGGUGAUCGUCGGGGAGUUUGGGAUCGUGGUGGUGCCCCGGGAUGGAGCAGACCCCGAGCGAAUCAUGAACCACUCCUCCAUCCUCCGCAAGUACAAAAACAACAUCCUGGUGGUGAAGGAUGACUCAAACCACCCCAUGUCAGUUGUCAGCUCCACCAAAAGCAGACUGGCGCUGCAGCACGGGGACGGACACGUCGUGGAUUACCUCUGCCAGCCCGUCAUUGACUACAUCCUCAAGAGCCAGCUCUACAUCAACGCCUCUGGCUAAAUGCUCGAGACCUUGCAGCAAGACAGCCCUCAUGUCCCUCCUGCCUACAGCUCUCCAUCACUCUCCUCUCUCUCAGUCCGUGUCUCCAUCUCUCUCCCCAUCCCAUGGCGUCCUGCCCGCGCCUGCCUCUCCCCCCAGCACCAACGCUCUGUUGUGCAGCCAUGUCCAGGGAAUGGUUUGGUCUCUUUUUUGGGGUGCUGCCCUGCCCUGCCCUGCAUGCACGGGAGGGAGGACGGGCUGGCCGGGGAGUGACAGGCUUAGUGUGCUCCCAGCAUGUCCCUGGGAAAUGGUCCCCUCAGUCCAUCUUCCCAGCAUGCUCAGAGCAGGGGCUGCCGAUUCUACAUCAUCUUACACAACUUAAGCUCAACAAUCUGGGUGGAUUUUUCUUUUUUUUUAAUUAAGUAGCUUUAGUGUGAGCCCUUUGGGCCUCUUAACACAGUGACCAACCAAACCCUGGUUGGCAGCAGGCAGUUGUAACACAACCAGCUUGGUGCCCCACGCAGGGAAACCUCCUCAGGCCGGCCAUGAGAUAACCCAGCUAACAAAAUCCUCCUCCUGGCACUGAAAAGUCAUGGAGAGGGCAUUUCUAAAGGGGAGCAGAGGCCUUGGUAAGUACUGCUGCUGAAGCAUUAUGGGGAGAAUGUCAUGUCUUACCUUCCCUUUGCUGCAAGAAUUCAAGCCACUCCCUAGGCAAGUGAAGCUGGUGAUGUUCUACUCUUAUCCAGUACCCGAGGGGGCAUCCUACACCACCUAGAAAGGGAUCUGCCAUUUAUGGGGCCUAGAAAUUGGGUGGAAAGAAGCAGGGGGUGAGCCAAAGCCUCUGGUGAGAAUUUGCCCCAAACCUGGCCAUGUCCAUCCCCAUCCUCUACCCUCCAGAUCUCCGUUUCUGCUCCAUCCAUCUCCCACCACUCCUACUCUCUCCUCUCCUUGAAGGGUUCAUUAAAUGCAUGAUAACCUUCCCCUCCCAAACCAGCCACGGCUACUUUGCACAUUCCUUGGGACAAACCAGGCUCCUGCUCCUGCCUGUGGUGUGCCCCCCAGUGCCGGGGAUGGACCCUGGUGGAGAUGCUCCCAGUAAAAGCUCCCAGUAAAAAGGACAGGUAACGUGGAGCAGUUAUUGAAGUCUUGUGGAAAGGAGCGUUGCUGGAGCAGGGCCUUGUCCUGCUGAUCAUCCCUAGGGCACAAGGACCCUGAGCAGCUCCUGGGGAAGGUCACAGCCAUGACCUUUAGCCCUCACCUUCUCCUCUCCCUUUGCUCCCUGAUAACCUUAACCUCCCUUGUAACCUUAUAUCACUUUGGGGUAGAGUCCUUCUGCCUGUGGCUGAGAGUCCACCAUGGUUUUUCAAGGAAAGAUGUGAAAUUCCUUUUAUUUUGGCCCUUAAAAUUCCACAAAGGGUCACAAGUGGCUCUCAGGCAAUCUCUGAAGGUGGGACUCUAUGCUAAAUUUAGUGACCUGCUGGGUGCUGCUGGCAUCCCUGGAACAGCAAGCUGCUUUGGACUAACAGGAAACCCACAGCCACAGAGCCCUUGCAGCAGACAGGAUUUUAGGAGCAGUAGUUGACAACUUCUCAGGAGGACACAGCCCUUCCCAGAGGGACAGAAGUGAUGUGACUCACCCAAAGGCCAGAAGAGGUCUUUCCUUGUCAGGCAUUUCCCUCUGCACGGAGAGAUUUGUUGGGGAAAAAAAAAACAAAACUAAAUUGUUCUAAAUUUAGCAGCUGAGUCCCGCAGUGGUAUCUCCAGGUGGUUGAG